GCGCCGCCCGGCCCUGCCCCUGAGCCGCAGGGAAGCACCAGGGGCCGGCCGACCGCCCGGCUCCCGCCGCCGCCCCCUCUGCCCCUCUCGCCGUCCUCGAUGUCUCCCCCGCCGCGCCGAGGCUCCUUCGCCACCUUCCCGCCCUCUUCCUCCUCCUCGCCGCCGCUGCUGACCGCCCGCCCCGCAGCCCGGCGGCGAGAGGCCGCGGGCCUCCGCGUCUUCAGGGCGCCGCUGCUGUUCGGGCCCCCCCCCGGGUGAGGAGCGGCGGCGGAGCGGCCGCCGGGCCCCCCGCUAAGAUGAAGGUGGAGACGGGAGACAACUCCAUGAUCAACCUGUCUGUGCAGCAAGUGCUGAGUCUGUGGGCGCACGGCACCGUCCUGCGCAGCCUCACCGAGAUGUGGUACUGGGUUUUCCUCUGGGCUCUCUUCUCCUCUCUCUUUGUCCAUGGUGCUGUGGGAGUAUUAAUGUUUGUGAUGCUGCAGAGGCAUAGGCAGGGAAGGCUGAUUUCUGUCAUUAUGGUCAGCAUUGGAUUUCUGGGUUCUGUAACUGGAGCAAUGAUAACCAGUGCUGCAGUGGCUGGAAUUUACAGAGUAGCAGGGAAGAAUAUGGCUCCCUUGGAAGCUCUCGUCUUUGGUGUUGGACAGACAGUACUGACAUUAAUUAUCUCAUUUUCAAGAAUUCUUGCAACACUUUGAGACUUCUGUGAAGAUUUUCACCUGGUUUAAAGAAAUCUAUAAUCUGAAGAGAAACUUCUUGUAAGUGGAUUCGAUUCAUCAUCUUGUAAACUUGAAUUAGUGCACAAGGAAGGAAGUAUGAGGAAUGUGCACUACAAAUCUAGAGGCUCGGUCAAGUGAGGAGACUGUCCUCUAGUGUCUGAACUGUUGUACUUCUGCACUGCGCCUUAUGUGCCUCGAUCAUAGGCAGGGUGCAAUUCAUGUGUGUGAAGUUGAGAUAAAGCACCUUGAAUAGCUGCCAGUCAGGUUAAUGCUUGAUGAUGGGAUUACUGCUGUUAUGGGUGUUGUAAUAAAACAAAGGGAUGCUCCUAAAGAAUGUGCCAGACUUGGAAGUUAAUUCUUAAAUGUUAAUUGUGUAAGAUUUUGAAAAUGUAAUAAUAGAAGAAUGCUGUGAUCAUAAACUCUACAUGAAUUCAGGUAAACCAGGCAACUGAUAUUGGUUUAUUAGCAGAAUCUCUUUGAAUGCUCAAUAUUCUUAUUCAGCAUUGAAAGCAACUACUUGCUCUGUUUUGAAAGGAAGAUGAACACUGAUGGGAUUUAAGAGCUAUAGCUUUAGCAAAACUAACGUAAGUGGUAUUAUCUGUAGAAUGUGUGACUCGUGGCAGUUCUCUGAAGCUCUGCACAGCAUUUCUUCAUUUUUUUAUCUGCCUAUUAAAUCUGAGAUGUUCAGACCUCACUAGUUUAAGGAGACUGUAUAAGGGAUACAAAGUACAAUCUGUCGUAUAUGCACAAACAAAUGUUAAAUUGAUACUUUCCUUGUAAAUAUGUUUUCUUAAAUACAUGUGGUCACCAGCCUUCAGAAAGGCUGCUUGUUGCAAAUAAGCUUCCUAUAUUCAUUUAAGUACUGAUAGGAUUCCUUAAUCCCUCUCUCUCGCUGUAUAUAUAUUCUUUAAAGAACAAGAAAGUAUAACAUAGUCUAAGAGAAUACACCUAUAAGGAGAAUGGAAAGGGAUAAAAGUAAGAUAUAUCAGUAUUCUAUUGAACAAAAUGGUAAGUUUUAUUAAAAAAAUACAGUUACCUUAUUUCAAAAGUUUGGAAGUGGAGCACUAUAAUUUAUUUACUUCCUUGUUUCUGAACACUUUGUGGAAUGGUUAUAUAUGUGGAAUUUUCAAAUGCUUAGUUUCCAGUAGAGUUUGUUUUCCUAGUUUAAAAGGAACACUAGUGUUGUGCAUGUGAACUGUCUUAAAUGUGAAAUGUUUUGGGGUGAAUAGAAAUUCUUUAAUUUAUGAAAUGAAAAAUUUUAAAGGGCACGAAGUUCAGUGUGAGGAAUAAGGAAACUGAAUGCAGCAGCAACAGUUGGUUAUAAUAUGCUGGCAGGAAGAAUAAAUAACCCAAAGGUAUUGCUAUUACAGUGUCAAAAAGAUUUUCAGGACUGUUGAAGUCACCUAAAAGGAUAUGGUUAAAAUACAGCUUGCAAUCCAACUGUAUUGCUUAGUGCUUCAGAGUAUUAUAAUGAAUUAACCCAUCUGCCAUUAUUUGCCUCCCUAUAAAUGUUCUUAAGAGCUAAGGAAGCUAGUAUUAAUUUUAUUGUUUUAAAGUAUUUAAGGCUUUUGUUUGGAAGAUGUACAAAGUUACAGGCUUUGUAGAGA